CUCCCGUUUUCUGGCCCCCUCACGUUUGCGCCCAUUCAUAAAUAGAGGUCAUGUCGAAUCAUGAGCAUAUCUCGUAAGAAAGCGGGAAAUCGUUUCGUUAUCUCGGAGAGAAUGAUGGGUUGCCUUGGUAGAUAUUUGAUCUUCUCCUUAGGUCUUCUUCUGGUAGCUGCGGGCAUAUCCCCAGGACACGGAAAGAAGAUAAAGUCUGCAGUUUUCUUAUCACCCAAACUGGUUUUGAGUCCAGGUUCAGUGGUGAAUGAAUAUUAUCAUAAUAUCGAUUUCCCAAGAGGGCAUAUCGGUCUCAAGCGUUUUGAUGCUGAAGUGGUUGACGAGGCAGGCAACCCAGUUCCUCUUCACGAGACUUAUCUUCAUCACUGGAUCAUUCAACCGUACUAUGCCCGUAAAGGUGUGGAACUUUCAGAACAAGAUCUUCGCAAAAAUCUCGGGUUCUCUGGACAAGAUUCUCAUAGAAAUCUCGAGAGUGGAUCAGAACCAGAUUUUAUACUUGUGAAAAAUGGAGGGUUGUGCCGGAACACCCUUAGACAUUACUUUGGGCUCGGAUCAGAAACUCGGAAGACCUCAACACAUGUUCCUGACCCAUAUGGAAUAGAAAUUGGUAAUCCUGAAGAAAUACCCGAUGGGUACGAAUUCCGCUGGCUUCUCAACACUCAUGCAAUAGAUACAAGGGGAGUGGAAGACAGGUUAGGAUGCACUGAAUGCCGGUGUGAUCUGUAUAAUAUCACAGUUGACGAAUAUGGUAGGCCUAUUACCUCUGAUUACAAAGGAGGCUUGCUGUGUUGCUAUGAUAAAACGCAAUGCCGGGUGAGAAAGGGUUUUGAUAAUGGAAGGACAAGAACCUUGUAUUUGAAGUAUACUGUCACAUGGGUUGAUUGGGACAGUUCGGUUCUUCCCGUUACCAUCUAUAUUCUCGACAUAACCGAUUCUUGGAAAAAAACGAAGGGCUCAACUGGAAUCAACGAUGAACACAAUUGCCAUGUGGAAUAUGAUGUGAAACCAUGCAAAAGCAACUGUGCCGGCGAUGAUGAUGUAUCCUUGGACGUCGAGAGAAAGAGCUUAGCCAUGCCGUUCAAUGGGUACAUUGUCUAUGGCGUAUGUCACCAACACGCAGGUGGCAGGGGAGCAGCUCUAUACCGAGAGGAUGGAGGGCUUAUAUGUUCUUCGACGCCGACAUAUGGGAAAGGAGUUGAACCCGGAAACGAGGCUGGCUACAUCGUGGGGAUGUCGACAUGUUAUCCAGAGCCGGUGAAGGUGACGAAGGGAGAGACACUGGUCUUUGAAUCUAAUUACAGCAGUGCCAUUGGUCACACAGGCGUCAUGGGUCUCUUCUACAUUAUGGUCGCUCAACAGCUCCCAGAUCAUGGGAACUCUUUUCCUGCGCUUAUUCGGGGAAACUUGAAAACUGUGAAUCUGUCGGGUUUGGUUGCGGUGGCGGGAGUGGUGGCGUUGGUGGUGAUAGCCGCCGUGGUGUACCGGCGACAGAACCGGCAACAGGAUGGAUACGAACCACUUAGCACGUGAAACUCGUGUCUCUUGUAGUUUUCUUCUUCGCCUGUCGUGUACGAAAGCAAGUAUCUGUCCCUGUGAACGCGCGUUCUGUCUGAUGGAAACGCGUUUGUAUAAGUUUUGGUUGAAUAAUGGGUCCCUAAGUGCUGGCGUCAGAUGUAACGUGUGAAUGUAAUGUAAUGUUGCUUCUACUAUUAUUUGCGAAAAUAAAAAAAAAAAUGUUUUAUUUU